AUGCAGCGCGCUCUCUCCUCCCGGACUUCGGUCCUCUCGGCCGCGUCCAAGCGUGCUCCUUUCGCCCGUUCUCCCUUGAACCUCCAGCAGCAGCGAUUCGCCCACAAGGAGAUCAAGUUUGGUGUUGAGGCCCGCGCCAGUAUCCUCAAGGGUGUCGACACUCUUGCCAAGGCUGUCACUUCCACUCUUGGCCCCAAGGGUCGCAAUGUUCUGAUUGAGUCUCCCUAUGGCUCCCCCAAGAUCACCAAGGAUGGUGUUACUGUUGCCAAGGCCAUCACUCUCCAGGACAAGUUCGAGAACCUCGGCGCCCGCCUCCUCCAGGAUGUCUCUUCCAAGACCAACGAGCUCGCCGGUGACGGUACCACUACUGCCACCGUCCUCGGCCGCGCUAUUUUCUCAGAGACCGUGAAGAACGUGGCUGCUGGCUGCAACCCCAUGGAUCUCCGCCGUGGUAUCCAGGCUGCCGUCGAUGCCGUUGUCGACUACCUCCAGGCUAACAAGCGCGACAUCACCACCGGCGAGGAGAUUGCCCAGGUCGCCACUAUCUCCGCCAACGGUGACACCCACGUCGGCAAGCUCAUCUCUAACGCCAUGGAGCGUGUUGGCAAGGAGGGUGUUAUCACCGUCAAGGAGGGCAAGACUCUGGAGGACGAGCUCGAGGUCACCGAGGGUAUGCGCUUCGACCGUGGUUACACUUCUCCCUACUUCAUCACCGACCCCAAGUCCCAGAAGGUCGAGUUUGAGAAGCCCCUGAUCCUCCUGUCCGAGAAGAAGAUCUCCGCUGUUCAGGACAUUCUCCCCGCCCUGGAGGCCUCCACCACCCUCCGCCGCCCCUUGGUCAUUAUUGCCGAGGACAUUGAGGGUGAGGCUCUCGCUGUCUGCAUUCUGAACAAGCUCCGCGGCCAGCUCCAGGUCGCUGCCGUCAAGGCUCCCGGAUUCGGUGACAACCGCAAGAGCAUCCUGGGUGAUCUCGCUGUGCUCACCAACGGCACCGUUUUCACUGACGAGCUUGACGUCAAGCUCGAGAAGCUCACCCCCGACAUGCUUGGUUCUACCGGUGCCAUCACCAUCACCAAGGAGGACACCAUCAUCCUGAACGGUGAGGGCAGCAAGGACAACAUCUCCCAGCGCUGCGAGCAGAUCCGCGGUGUCAUGGCCGACCCCUCUACUUCCGAGUACGAGAAGGAGAAGCUCCAGGAGCGUCUGGCCAAGCUCUCCGGCGGAGUUGCCGUCAUCAAGGUUGGCGGUGCCUCCGAGGUUGAGGUUGGUGAGAAGAAGGACCGUGUCGUCGAUGCUCUGAACGCCACCCGCGCCGCCGUUGAGGAGGGUAUCCUGCCCGGUGGUGGUACUGCUCUGCUGAAGGCCUCCGCCAACGGCCUCGAGAACGUCAAGCCCGCCAACUUUGACCAGCAGCUCGGUGUCAGCAUCAUCAAGAGCGCUAUUACCCGCCCCGCCCGUACCAUCGUUGAGAACGCCGGUCUGGAGGGCAGCGUGAUUGUCGGCAAGCUCACCGACGAGUUCGCCAAGGACUUCAACCGCGGCUUCGACUCCUCCAAGGGAGAGUACACCGACAUGAUCGCCAGCGGUAUUGUCGACCCCCUGAAGGUUGUCCGCACUGCCCUUGUGGACGCCAGCGGUGUUGCUUCCCUGCUCGGUACCACUGAGGUUGCCAUUGUUGAGGCUCCUGAGGAGAAGGGUCCUGCCGCCCCUGGCGGUGGCAUGGGCGGUAUGGGUGGUAUGGGUGGCAUGGGCGGCGGCAUGUUCUAG